AGAAGCUCCGCCCCUCGGGAGCCUAUUCCCGGGAACUGGGAGGUUGUGGAAGAAAAGCAUCCUGCGUGGACGGUCUAAACUGAUUCGCUUCUGCUGCCUGGGCAUGGAAGAGUUGAAAGAAGAUGUCAAGUUCAUUGUGGAUGAGACCUUGGACUUUGGAGGGCUGUCCCCAUCUGACAGUCAUGAGGAGGAAGACCUAACAGUGUUGAUGAGUCCAGAGAAACCACUCCGACGGGGCCUCUCUCACCGGAGUAACCCAAACACAGGAGCUCCCGCUCUCCAGGGUGUGAGGUUCAGUCUGGGCCCGCUCAGCCCAGAGAAGCUGGAGGAGAUCCUUGAUGAAGCCAACCGCCUGGCAGCCCAGCUGGAGGAGUGUGCCCUGCAAGAUAGGGAGGGUGCAGGUGCUGGCCCUGGGAAGCCCAGCUCCAGAGGGAAGCCCAGCCCUCGGCGGGAGACGUUUGUCCUGAAGGACAGCCCUGUCCGGGAUCUGCUGCCCACUGUGAGCUCUUGGAGCACACCGUCCCCAAGCAGCCUAGCCGGACUCCGAAGCAGUGAUAAGAAGGGGUCAACCAGGGCUGCUCGGGUGGCAGCUGGAAAGAAGCUUCCUGUCACAAAAAAGGAAUCGCCCACUUGCAAUCUGUUCCCUGCAUCCAGAAGCCCAGCGCUCUCUCCUCUUGCACAAUCAACUCUUCCUCUCCGGCGGAAAACUGGGCCCAAUGCACGGACAACAGCAAGCCCCCCAGUCCCGGUCAGACCAGUCCUAGCUCCACAGCCCUCAACCGGCAACUCUCAGUGUUCAACCCGACUACAGGGAGCAGCUGCUAAGUCUUCCGGUCGCUUACCGGUUCCCUCAGCCAUCCCCAGGCCUGCCACACGAAUGCCACUCACUGGCCGGAGUGUACCACCUAGCAAAAGUGCCCCAACUCCAGAGUCUCUCUCAACUCGGAAAGGGCUUCCAAGUGCCAUGGGGCACAGAGCUCCUGUUCCCCAGAGAGCGAAUCUUCCAACUACCAGAGCCCCCCGAGGCAGGACGCAGCCCCUCAGGAAAGCUGCAGUCCCCGGACCUACUAGGUAAAAAGACUGGACAGCAAGCACAUGUUCAGUAAGGAACCACUACACUACCAUCCUAGCCACUGAAGCCUGCCCCUCCCCUCCCCCAGCAGUCCCUGACUCCAGGAGGUUCUUGUCCAGAGACAGGAGGAAGAAGUGCCUCCAAGGGUUGAUCUCCGAAGUAAAGCCCAUGGAGUGUGGGGUGGGUUGAGCUUGAGGAGACUAAACCCCCUCCCACCCUGGCUGAAAGAAGAGAGGAGAAGUCACUUGCUGGUGGAGAAAUUCACAAACCAAAUGAGAAACGCGGGCAGAGUGACCUGCCUCCUCCCAUCCCCACUGGCGGUCAGCCUAGAGAGCUCGACCUUCUUCCCAGACUGUGGCUCACUGGCCACGUACGUGAGCGGCCUCCAUGGUCUCUAGGAGAGGUCUUUCUGAACCGUUUUCCCCCGCUGGAUUCUGGCCUGUCUGGAGAGGCCAGGCAGGCACUAGCACGCAAGGCUUAUUUGCUUGCUGUGAAUAAUUCUGUGACUCCUCACAGGUCAAUCAACG